ACUGAUCUCAGAUUUUAUACUCCACCCGCUAAGGUGAGCUAUGAACCAAUCAUUCCCUGCUGCACAUUCGUAACUGAUUUCAGCCACCAUUCUUCCGCCUUGCUUUCGUUUUUACCGCCAAUUUCUGUAAUCUCAAGAGCUUUGAGCCGUAAUCACUCUUCUACUUGUACGUGAAAAGAAGUUUCAAUCCUUGAUUGAUAAACCAGCCAAUUGGCGCCGGUUUUUGUUAAUCGCUGACUUCUGGAAGGUUUUCAUUUGGAGAAUCUAGUAGGGAUGGCUGUUUUUACACAUGGAAUCCCCAAUUCCCGAAUCUUCUGUGAAAGAGAGGGAACCUUGUUUUUAGGUUUUUCGGCUGCUCCAGUCUUGCCACAGAGGGCGAGAGUUUACGGACAUUUUGCCAGAGAGAGAGGAAGUAGUCAAAGGAUGUCAAAAAAGGAACCUAUUGAUUUCCCAACGAAAGGAUUCUUUGGCACAAAGAAAGUUGUCCUCACUGUCUCUAGGGACAGUAGCUCUUCAAACACAAGCAGCAGCGAGGAUGAUCCAACAAAUCAAUCCAAGCAAACACCUUUUGGUUACACAAGGAAGGAUGUUCUAUUAAUUGGAUUGGGUGUCACAGUUCUUGGAUUUGGGUUGAAAAGUGGAUUAGAGUUUGCUGGGUUUGAUCCUAUGCAAGCAGGUAACGUGGUUCAGCUUGUACUGGUUUUGGGUUUAACGCUUGCAUGGAUUUCCACAUAUAUGUUUAGAGUUUCAAAUAAGGAUAUGACAUAUGCUCAACAACUACGUGACUACGAAGACAAAGUCAUGGAGAAACGCCUGGAGAGCCUUACCGAAGCAGAGCUCGUAGCAUUGCUCGAACAAGUCGAGGAAGAGAAAAGCCAAUCAGCGAGUGGCGAACAGGUAAAUUGAAGUCAUUUUUAUCCUUAUUUAUUACAACUGCUCGAGCUUGGCCUUUUGCAUAUGCAUAUGCUAUUCUAUAUGGGCAAUGUAGAAUUAGUUUCUGUCACUUAAACACUACAUUUUAGAUAGCUGUAACAAAAUACGUAUGCAUUAAUAAAUUAGUCAAGCUAUAAGCUUAGUUUGCUUCUA